CUAAAAUGCAAAAUACACUGAACAAAGAAAAAUUUGCUAAAUAAAAUAAUAGAAAAGAAAACAAGACUGCAUUUGUCAGAUUUACUGAAGAUGCAGGAUUUUUUUUUAUUGUUGUUCUGAUCAUUAGAUUUUAAAUACUUGCCACCACUGUUUAAAAUGUGUCAUUGACAGAAAGCCAUUAUUAGUUCAUUCCAUACAGGAACGUGUCUAAUAACAGAAUAUAUUGAGAAACUUUGACAGUUUUCAGUUUAAAAUCACAAUGACUGCAAUAAUAAUCCAUUUUUCAUUAAAGAUGAGACAAAUUAGCUAAAAAAAAGACUGUGUUAAGACAAGUGUUAAAGAUGUCGAUGGUGUUUAGUCUUGUUUCAUUCACAAUCUAAUGUAGAGAGAGUGACUGUAAGACUGUAUUGUAUGUUUGCUCAAAUAUUUUCCAUCUGCAAUCCAACAUAAUUAAGAUCAGAUGGUGGCUGAAGAUAAAGGAUAUGACUCACGGCCACAUAAUGACUCAUAGCCUAUUAGGAUACAGAGAUUUCUAAGAAAUGACAUGUACAGACUGUACGUUUUAGAGAAUCUGCCUAAAUAUCCUUUCACGUGUGUACAAAAAAAGCAGUCAGAUUAAGAUGAGCUGAUUCUCUUUGGCUGUGUUUGUACACAUUUUAGUCUGUUGCAUAAAUUUUGUAAAUCUUGUUUUGUGAUUCAUUUACUCUUUAUCAGUUUUAUAUUUAUUUGUUUUGAGCUAAGAAUGAAACUUAAAAAUGUUUCCUGUGAAACAGAAGUUUCGUUUGUAAAGAAACAGCCCUCACAGGCAUGGCGUCAUCAGAGGGAAAGCCUUUAAAAACCAGCAGAGGAAAGAUCUCACAGUCAUCACAAGACACAGCAGAAGAACAUCACCCUUUUCUCGAGAACAUAAACAUCUAACAAUGGCAGCAAACUUCAGCCCCCAAAAAAAUGCUCGAAAAGCAAAACCAUUCGUCUGUAAAGAACAACACAUUGCAAUAAAUGAUCUGAAAAUAAAAGAUGAGAUAAAACAUCGACAUAUGUAUAAAACAUAUCUUUUGAAAGACAUCCCUGAGUAUCCUUCUCCUGUUGAGUUUCACAUCACAGAAGUGGCUCAUGUCACUAACAAGACAAGUCUUGAGAAAAUCUGGAACUCAGGAGGAUUCAAGGGUCUUGAUACAGAUUCAUUUUCAUGGUGGAGCCUAAAGAUUAAUGAAGCAGAUAUAAGAGCAGCUGAGGAGCGUUAUCUCGAGAAAUUGUUCCCAGACAUGACCAAAGAAGAAAAAACAGUUCAUCCGCCGUUCCUGAGAGAAUUCACCACAUCACCCUUGUUCCUGAACGAAUUAUCCCGCUAUGGCAACUUCCGCUUCACGUUUCCUGUGAAUGAACUGAUGGAAACCUACAAGAAGCAGAAAUGUGAGGGUCAAGAACCAAUUCUCCGUAUCUAUGGGACCAAACUUUUCAGUCAGGAGAUUGAGUACGUUGUUCUUGUUCACAGCCCUGAGUUUAAUUGGAAGUUCGGUCAUUUUCCACUGCUCAAGUCCAGCCCAUGGGUUGCUUAUGACGGACAUCAAAUCAUCUGGAAAGCCCAAGCCAUUUGUGAAACUCACAACUUCCAACUGGUAAUCCGUGGAGGCACAGCAGUGACAGAAUACAUGCCUUCACAUCAGUUUUAUGUGUGGGAUCAUGUUAGCCUUGUCUUUCACUCCAAAGACGUCUUGACCGUCCCUCAAAGAAAGCUGAAGGGAAGCCUCAGUUGCUGUGAACUGGAUCGAGAUGUAGACCUUUCAAAUGGAAAAAACUGCUCUUUUGAUGAAGCUGAGAAAUUCAUUAAAAGUUUGCCAGAUGAUGAAUCUGAAAAAGAAGAUGAAAAAGAAGAAUAUAAAUCAGUGGAGGUGAAAAUGGAAAUGGACUAAAUGUGUGCAAAUUUUGUAAGAACUUCUACAGUUGUGUGGCUUUGUAUGGUUUUGCCCUUUGUGACAAACAGCUUUAGAAUAAAUAAGUAAAUACGGUAAACAAUUAAAUAAAAGGUGGGGGUGAUUUUUAACUUAUAUGUGUUACUUGUCAUUGAGAGGCUAUAAUGAGAUAAAAAAAAAAAAAACACUUUGAAACUGUCUGAAUAUUGCAUGAUGUGAUUGAAUAUUAUUUUUUCCCCCCCAAAAUUAAAAUGCUUAAAAAACUAAAAAACCCUGAUUACUACAGUUAUGAUUACUAGUUUUACCAUAGUAAAAACAUGGUUGACUGUUGUAAGGGUACAGUGCUUUUCACAAUCAAAGCAGCUUUAGAAAAUUUCAAAGUUUCAAAAAAAAAAAAAUCCUAUCAACAGCCUGAGGUGACUAUGACUCAAUGGGGAGCAUCUUCUGGAAACAAAUUAAUGUCUAUAUGUCAAUAACUCUAAGAUAAUACAAGUUAUGUGUUCAAAGUCAUGUUCAGUUAAACAGACAACCAUUAAAUGGUAAGUUUGGUGAAUUUAAAUCCACUUUAUACUGUCACA